GUAGGUUUCAAUAUGCCUGAACCCGCGAAGUCUGCGCCCAAGAAGGGCUCCAAGAAAGCCGUCACCAAAACCGCCGGCAAAGGAGGAAAGAAGAAGAGAAAGACCAGGAAGGAGAGCUACGCCAUCUAUGUAUACAAGGUGCUGAAGCAGGUCCAUCCUGAUACCGGUAUCUCUUCCAAGGCCAUGAGCAUCAUGAACUCGUUUGUUAACGACAUCUUUGAGCGCAUCGCGUCGGAGGCGUCUCGUCUGGCUCAUUACAACAAACGCUCCACCAUCACCUCCAGGGAAAUCCAGACUGCCGUCCGCCUCCUGCUGCCCGGUGAGCUGGCCAAGCACGCCGUGUCUGAGGGAACCAAGGCCGUCACCAAGUACACCAGCUCCAAGUAAACACCCGGUUAACGGGAAUACUUCCAAAGGCCCUUUUCAGGGCCACCCACUAAAUCUAUAAGUGCUCACAAUUCCGUCUCUUUUGAUAGAGAAAAGGAACACAGUUGGAAAG